AAAGAAGUAUAAUUUCUGUAGUAACCAAUGCUAUAAAAACACUGAAGACUGCUUAUUUCUUUAAAAAGAUACAACUCAUCUUACCAAGACCAAAUUCAAUAAGAAGCCCAAACACUAAAAUAUUUCAGGCUUUAUUUUAAAGGCAAGUGAGACUGCUUCAAGUAAAACAACUUCAAGCUUCCAAGAAACAGUUAAGAGGAGGCAGAGAGGAGCAGAAACACUUCUUCGCUGACACUUACACUGUUGCCAUGGACCUACAUAAGCAGUGGGAGAACACAGAGACUAACUGGCAUAAGGAAAAGAUGGAAUUACUGGACCAGUUUGACAAUGAAAGAAAGGAAUGGGAAAGUCAAUGGAAGAUUAUGCAGAAGAAAAUAGAAGAGCUUUGCCGGGAAGUAAAGCUUCGGAGGAAAAUCAAUAUGAAUGAACGUGCUAAGAUCAUUGAUCUUUACCAUGAGAAGACCAUUCCAGAGAAAGUGAUAGAAUCUUCCCCAAAUUACCCCGAUUUAGGACAAAGUGAAUUUAUAAGGACGAAUCACAAAGAUGGUCUGAGAAAAGAAAAUAAAAGAGAGCAGAGCUUAGUCAGUGGAGGAAAUCAAAUGUGUAAGGAACAAAAAGCAACAACAAAAUCAAAAGUAGGGUUUUUGGAUCCUUUGGCUACAGACAACCAAAAGGAAUGUGAGGCCUGGCCUGACCUGAGGACUUCUGAGGAAGAGAGCAAGAGCUGUUCUGGCGCCCUCAGUACAGCUCUUGAAGAACUUGCGAAGGUGAGUGAAGAAUUAUGCAGCUUUCAAGAGGAAAUUCGAAAGCGGUCUAACCAUAGAAGGAUGAAGUCAGAUUCUUUUCUCCAGGAAAUGCCAAAUGUAACUAAUAUACCUCAUGGGGACCCCAUGAUCAACAAUGACCAGUGCAUUCUUCCAAUCAGUUUAGAAAAAGAAAAACAGAAAAAUAGGAAGAAUCUGAGCUGUACCAAUGUGCUCCAGAGCAAUUCUACGAAAAAAUGUGGAAUUGAUACAAUCGAUUUAAAAAGAAAUGAAACUCCACCGGUUCCUCCUCCAAGAAGCACCUCUCGAAAUUUUCCCAGCUCGGAUUCUGAACAAGCCUAUGAAAGAUGGAAGGAAAGGUUAGACCACAACAGCUGGGUGCCCCAUGAGGGUCGAAGUAAAAGGAAUUACAACCCUCACUUCCCUUUGAGACAACAAGAGAUGUCUAUGUUGUAUCCAAAUGAAGGGAAAACUUCGAAAGAUGGUAUCAUCUUUUCCUCUUUGGUACCAGAAGUCAAAAUAGAUAGCAAGCCUCCAAGUAAUGAAGAUGUUGGACUUAGCAUGUGGUCAUGUGACAUUGGGAUAGGUGCAAAAAGGAGCCCCUCUACUUCGUGGUUUCAGAAAACCUGCUCUACCCCCAGUAAUCCAAAAUAUGAAAUGGUGAUCCCAGAUCACCCUGCUAAAUCUCAUCCUGAUCUUCAUGUAAGUAAUGACUGUAGCUCCUCAGUAGCAGAGAGCAGUAGCCCACUUAGAAAUUUCAGUUGUGGCUUUGAAAGGACUACAAGGAAUGAGAAGCUGGCAGCAAAGACUGAUGAAUUUAACAGAACUGUAUUUAGAACAGAUAGAAAUUGUCAGGCAAUACAGCAAAAUCACAGCUGCUCAAAAUCAUCGGAGGAUCUCAAGCCCUGUGAUACCUCAUCUACUCACACAGGUAGCAUAUCACAAAGUAACGAUGUGUCUGGUAUUUGGAAAACCAAUGCCCACAUGCCUGUGCCCAUGGAAAAUGUGCCUGAUAAUCCCACCAAGAAAUCCACAACAGGCCUAGUAAGACAAAUGCAGGGACACCUGAGUCCUCGCAGUUAUCGAAAUAUGCUCCACGAGCAUGACUGGAGACCGAGUAAUUUGUCUGGCCGUCCGAGGUCAGCUGAUCCCAGGUCAAAUUAUGGUGUUGUGGAAAAGCUGCUGAAAACCUAUGAGACAGCAACAGAGUCUGCAUUGCAAAAUUCUAAGUGCUUCCAGGAUAAUUGCACCAAAUGUAAUUCUGAUGUCAGUGGUGGUGCCACAUUAAGUCAGCAUUUAGAAAUGCUCCAAAUGGAACAACAGUUUCAGCAAAAGACAGCUGUGUGGGGGGGACAGGAAGUGAAGCAAGGAAUAGAUCCGAAAAAGAUAACAGAGGAAUCCAUGUCAGUGAACGCCUCACAUGGAAAAGGAUUUUCCCGACCUGCUAGACCAGCAAAUCGUCGUCUUCCCUCCAGAUGGGCAUCCAGAUCUCCAUCUGCACCCCCUGCCUUGCGCAGAACUACCCACAACUAUACCAUUUCUCUGCGAUCCGAAGCAUCGAUGGUUUAAGUCUUUGGCCUGGAUUGCUAUAUUACAGAAGUUCUAGUCCCACUUGUCAAACAGAGCAUUCUGAGUGUUUACAGGCGGACCUGUUCUCUUCCGACAAGCAAUUUGAAUCUUAACUUUCCAUCAGUCUUCAGUGUUUUUAAUCUAAGGAAUAAUUAUCUUCCUGCAUUUUGAUUUCUUAGAUCAGAAUUCUUUAAUGCCAUCCUCAUUAGUUUUCCAAUACAAUAUAAGUUGAAACAAUGUACAAUAUUGUAUAUUCUUUGUUGCAAGUGGCAGAAAGUAAGGUUAUGUGCAUGGCCAUGUUUUUGUAGGUGCAUGUGUUGAAAUAGGAAGUAUCCUAGUAUGUAUUUAGAUAUGAAAAACUUAUGUGCUAGUGUUGACUUUGAAAUUAUAACAUGUAUACCUAUAUAUUCCUUGUGUUUAUUUAAAAGUUUUGAAAAUAUGCAGUACUGUUUAUAUUUUGUAUACCUUUUAAUAGGUAUCCACUUAAGGCAUUUGCAGUACAAAUAUUAAUUGACCACUUCCUUGGCCCCCAGCUACAAUGAAAAAGAAGAAUUAUGUACACAUCUAACAUUGGUAGAUUUCUAAAGACAACUCAUAAAUAAUUUCUUAACCCAUAUAAGGAUAAAAUAAUACCAUUGAUAUUCUUGUUUAUUCUUUUUAAAUAAAAAUGUCACAAGUUUAAUAGAUCAGCCUUGUAAAGCAAGCAUAAAAUGUUCAUAAAUGUUUUAUAUAUUAUUUGGUAGUCUAGUAUGGCUUUAACUGAAUAUUUGAUCCUCAGAGACAGUAUCAUGAGACAGCAUUAUAAAUGACAUGAUUAAAUGAUGAAUUUAUUUUGUCAGCCUCAGCAACAAACAUUUCCUAAAUGGGAUGCAAAAAGAAACUGAAUGAUGUUGAAUUUUAGUUUUUCUUUAAGUUGUGGUAAGCUUUUAGUUUAGCUGCUUUAACAUGGAGUCAUACAUACUUAGAGGUAAGUCAUUUAUUAUUUUUUUCCUUUUUCUAAUCUUUUCCUUAAAAUUAAUAGAUAACAAACUGUUACUUUUUUACUAACAAGGAAGAUCAGGAAUAAUAUUUCUUUGAAAGCUGAAAUUAUACUUCUCACAGUUUGCUACCAAAAAAAGGCUUAAACUAAACCUUGACAUCCACAGUAGCAUCAGGAAUAGAAAUGUAUAUUUUGGCUACAGUUUGCAUACAGUGAACACAUAAAAUCUAUAUUGAAAACUGACAGAAAUAUGAAUGUCGAGGGGCUUGGAAUUCUAAAUGGAAGAUUUUAGAAGGAACUUUGCUCUCUACUGUCACUAUAUAAAACCAAUUAUGUUAUGUUAUUAGAUAUUAACUCUAUUUAAGCUUUUCUUUUACUAAGAAAUUCUUAUGCCAAAUGUAUUCCAAGAGCCAUCUCCUUAUGAUGUAUUUGAACCAUUUAGAGAAAUUCACUUCAUUGUACCCCAUGACCUGAGGUAAAGAAAAUAAUUUUCAAAUUGCAGACUUCCUUGAAAGGCUCAAGACUGUAGCAUGGUGAUGUCUAGAUUCAUACUUUACUGUAAGGACAGUUUCGGUAGUUAAGUGGAAUUAAAGGUCUAGAGUGAUUUGUAUUGGAUGGUAACUAAGGUCUAUACAUCUACUCUUUUAAUUCUUAUUUCCUUCAGGAAGAUCCUUUUCCACAGGAAGCUAUCAAAGAAAAGUAAACUAGACACCAAGUAAUAUCACUCUCAUAAUAUGCUGUCCAGCUAGAGGGGAGAAAACACCAGGAAAGAGGAACCCUGGGUCAUAAAAUGACGGACCUGUUAGGAAAAUGCUGUUGUGUGACAAUGGAGAGCCUGCCCAAGGACUGUGCAACCUAUCUGUUCCUCUCCACCACUGUAUCCCAAGUAGUCUGGUAUGAUCUGUGGUUCCUUAGAAUAUUGAGGAUCUCUUUAAAAAAAUGAAAUUUCUGAUCUCACCCCAUAUUACUAAAGCAAAAUUUCCAGGGGUAGGGACUGGGACUCCAGAACCAUUAAUAAAACAAAACAAAACAAAGCAAAAUAUUGAUGAUCAGGCAGAUUUGAAAACAGUGACAUUGCUUGAUCUCUGAAUGGAUGGAUGCCCUUGGGUGGUCACUUUUCUUCCUAGGACUUGCCUUUGUUAUCUGUAAAUUAGAAUGGCUAUACUUUCAGACUUCACAAUUUUAAGCUACUUUUUUCUAUUAACAGUUGAAUGAACCAGUGGGAUACAUUUUAACGUCUUUUUAUGUUGACUAAAAUUAUAGUUAGAGCUGAGAAAAAAAAAAAUUAGCAUCUAGUCCAACUCCUUGAUUAUAAAACUGAAAAACUAAGGUUAUUUGAAUGUUCUGUUUUCUCUUUUUAAAUAUUUUAUAACUUUUAAAUGGAAAAACCUAUUAGGUAAAUGGAAAUAAUCCUUGAAAAUAGUUUUUGAUGUUUUGUGAUUUUUAACUGGUAAAUUUCUACUUUAGGUGGGCAUUUUCUUCCCUAGAAUAUGCCCUUUAUUAUGCUAUCAUUGCUAGAUUUAAAGGGACUUGUAAGCAUUUCUGGAAAUAUUUGAUUUAAAAACAUAUAUUAAUAGAUGUUUUCCCUAGCAGACUUUUGGAGCAAAAAUAUUAUUUUAGUUCAGCAGAGGAUUACUGAUAUAUGGGCUGAUCUCAGAAAGGAAUAAGGAUGAGGCAGAGAGGAGUACUUGAGUUUCUGUGUGUGUGUGUGUGUGUGUGUGUGUGUGUGUCAGUGUCACAUAAGUUCUCCAUAUUGCCUUAUGUCCCAAAGCCAAAUAUAAAAAUAUAAAUGAUGCUUUGUAUAAUUCAUUUUAUCAAAAAUUACCCAUAACUUUCAUUUGUUUUUAUAUCGACAAUGAAGAUGAUCAUAUUUCAUUUUGCAGAUGUGGCCAUAAAAUAUUAUUUACUUCUACAUAGGUGAUUUUACCAGGUUUAGUUAUCCUGAGAAAACAUCUGGACUUAAAAGAGUUUCUGCUUCCCUACAAAGAUCUUUAAAAUUAUUUUUAGGCACAUUUGUGAUAAACAACUACUUGAUAUUGAAAUCUCCUUCAGCCAUUAGAAGCUAUCAAAUAAAGUAGGCGUAAAAACAA